CUCCUUUUAUUACUUCCUUACUAUAAACCCCUUCCCCGGCCUGCCUCCCGAGGACCCCUCCCGCACGCGGCAUAACUAGGGUUCCUCCUCUCCGCCCCUCCUAAAAUCCCCACCAUGGACUCCUCAAUCGCGCGCCAAACCUGGGAACUCGAGAACAACGUCGUCCCCAUGGACCCAAAUCCCUCCUCCGCCGGCGACUCCUCUGACGGAAUCUACUACUACGAUGAAGCAGCGCAGACCAAGUUCCAGCACGAGAAGCCGUGGGCCCACGAUCCCAACUACUUCCGCCGCGUUCGGAUCUCGGCCCUCGCGCUUCUCAAGAUGGUGGUCCACGCUCGCUCCGGCGGCACGAUCGAGGUCAUGGGAUUGAUGCAGGGGAAGACCGAUGGAGAUACGAUCGUUGUUAUGGAUGCCUUCGCGUUGCCCGUCGAGGGGACGGAGACUAGGGUUAACGCUCAGGCGGAUGCGUACGAGUAUAUGGUGGAUUACUCGCAGGCUAAUAAGCAGGCGGGGAGGUUGGAGAAUGUGGUUGGGUGGUACCAUUCACAUCCAGGGUAUGGAUGCUGGUUGUCAGGCAUUGAUGUAUCAACGCAAAUGCUUAAUCAAAAGUAUCAGGAGCCAUUCUUGGCUGUUGUCAUAGACCCCACAAGAACUGUCUCAGCUGGGAAGGUUGAGAUUGGAGCAUUCAGGACUUACCCAGAAGGGUACAAGCCACCGGAUGAGCCUGUUUCAGAGUACCAAACCAUUCCUCUGAAUAAGAUUGAAGAUUUUGGGGUUCACUGCAAACAGUAUUAUUCACUUGAUAUUACUUAUUUCAAGUCUUCCCUUGAUUCCCAUCUCUUGGACCUGCUUUGGAAUAAAUACUGGGUAAACACUUUGUCUUCAUCCCCUCUCCUAGGGAACAGAGACUAUGUUGCAGGGCAGAUUUCUGAUUUAGCUGAAAAGCUGGAGCAGGCAGAGAACCAAAUGGCUCAUACACGUUUUGGCUCUUUCCUUGCGCCCUCAUCGCGAAAGAAAGAGCAGGAAGAAUCUCAAUUGGCAAAGAUAACUCGUGAUAGCGCCAAAAUUACUGUUGAGCAGGUGCAUGGUCUCAUGUCGCAGGUCAUCAAGGACUUCCUCUUCAACUCGGUGAGGCAAUCGAGCAGCAGCAAGUCACAGCCGAACCUUUCAGACCCAUCUGGGCCUGAGCCAAUGGUUGAAGCUUGAACCGGUUCAAUUCAGUGAAAUCUUAACUCUCCCAUGUGUCGCAUUAUCAAGCCUCCUGAUCAAUUCCAGUUUGCUGCAUUGCUUAGUUUAAUUUUCCAAUUCUAAAUGUUAGGUGCAGGGAAAUAUUUUGAUAUGUAAUUAACAACGGUUAAUUUUGUUCUACAAUGAGAAUUUGAUAACCAGUCAAAAAUUUACAGAGAAGGUAACUGGUGAUAUUCUGUUUUGUUUA